GGGUCCCUGGCUCGGCUUGGAGACGCGCUGCGGUGCCGGGAGCACCAGCCGCCGGCCGGUGGGGACAACCAUGAGGGACGCGCCUGUCUGCGGGUACCGCCGGAGGCUCGUCCACCUCGCCUGGAUGUGCCUCUUCUCCUCCGUGCCGCACAGCGGAGCCAAGGUGCUGGAGAGGACCUUUGAGGAGUGGAUGCGGUACCGCGACGAGUGCCUGAGGAGGAUGGCGAGUGAGCCGUACCCGGCAGGGCUUUUCUGCAACCGGACCUUUGACAUGUAUGCCUGCUGGCCGGACGGGAGCCCCGGCACCGCCGUCAACGUCUCCUGCCCUUUCUACCUGCCCUGGUUUGAGAAAGUGAAACACGGGCAGGUGAGCCGCAGGUGCGGGCCGGACGGGCAGUGGGUGACGGUGAACGGCAGCCAGCCUUGGCGGGACUACUCGCAGUGCGAGGAGGAGAUGGAGUCCACCAUCGAGGAGGAGGGCGCCCGCAGGCUGAUGGUGAGCUUCAAAGUGCUCUACACCGUGGGGUAUUCGCUGUCGCUGCUGACCCUCGUCUCGGCCCUGCUCGUCCUCACCGUCUUCAGGAAGCUCCGCUGCACCAGGAACUACAUCCACGCCAACCUCUUCGCCUCCUUCGGGCUGCGGGCCACCUCGGUGAUCGUCAAGGACGCGCUGCUGGAGAAGCGCUGGGGCAUGGAGGUGGCGCGGGUGGCCGACUGGGAGGCCUUGCUGAGCAACGAGGCGGCGAUCGGCUGCCGGGCGGCGCAGGUGGUGAUGCAGUACUGCAUCCUGGCCAACCACUACUGGUUCCUGGUGGAAGCCGUCUACCUGUACAAGCUGCUGAUCGGCGCCGUCUUCUCCGAGAGGAACUACUACAGGCUCUACCUCUACCUGGGCUGGGGCACUCCCGUGGUGUUCGUGGUGCCCUGGAUGGCCGCCAAGUACCUGAAGGAAAACGCCGAGUGCUGGGCGCUGAACGAGAACAUGGCCUACUGGUGGAUCAUCCGCAUCCCCAUCCUGCUGGCGUCCCUGAUCAACCUGCUGAUCUUCAUGAGGAUCCUCAAGGUGAUCCUGGCCAAACUCCGUGCCAACCAGAAGGGCUAUGCGGACUAUAAGCUGCGGCUGGCCAAAGCCACACUGACCCUCAUCCCCCUCUUCGGGAUCCACGAGGUGGUCUUCAUCUUCGCCACUGAUGAGCAAACCACAGGCGUCCUGCGCUACAUCAAGGUGUUCUUCACCCUCUUCCUCAACUCCUUCCAGGGCUUCCUGGUGGCAGUGCUGUAUUGCUUUGCCAAUAAAGAGGUAAAGUCAGAAAUGAAGAAGAAGUGGCAGCUCUGGAAGCUCGACCACCCAGCGCUCUGCUGCGCCCAGUGAUGGCAGCACAACGCGGCUGUGGCGACCUGCCCCAGAAAGCCAGAGGACACGGGGGCUGCAAGUGUCACGACCACCAAGGUGGGAGCUGCGCUGAACCUGGCUCUGGUACUGCACCUCUGUUGUCUGCGGAGGAGCACGCUGGGAGCCUAUGUCCCAGCUGCGCCAAGGACCUGGAAGCAGGGCACAAGCCCUAAAGGAAACUGCAGCAGCAUGCAUCAGGAACGGCUGGGAGCAGUUUCCAAAGCUGUGCUGCAUCCAAGAGCAGUGGAGCUGCCCGAGGAAGAUUCCCUCCAGGGCUGAGACAGACAUGCUUGGCUCUUACAAGACAUUGCCAUCUCCUCAGAAGAACCUCACCUUGCUUGGGCUUCAGUGCAGAGCAGGUAGGCUGCGUGGGGGAGGCCAGCCUGCUCAUUUCUACCACUGCCUGACCUGACUGUACAGCACCACGAACUACCUCUGUUGGCACCCGCCAGCCCUGCACACAGGAACCGCCUCCCCAUCAGCACUGAUGCCUUGGGCAGCUGCAGGAGUGGGGUCACAGCAGCUAGAGACAGAGCCUGGCCCUCAGCAGGGAGACAUUGCGAUGCUGCUUGGCCCUGACAUUCCUGCACAGCAUCUGCUGCCACCGUUCUGGUUAACAAGCAUCUCUCGCUGCCACUGUAUUCAAAGCUGGAGAGCUGAAAUGCCCUGAGCUGUGCCAAGCAAUGCUGCAAUCCAGGGCAUCACAUUCCUGCUCUCCUUGCCCUAAGACAAAAACCACAGUGCUAAUGCCCUGUGAACUGUCUGUCCCAGAGGCCUCCUGCAAAGCUCCUCCUUCAUAGGAGGGUGCACCUUCUCACCACCCUCAUAACUGACACAGAACACAGCCUCCCUCAACAUCUGCCUCCCUCCUUCUCUCACCACCCUCCAGCUGCCCCAAACACCAGAUUUCCUCCAUUCUCUGAGCUCCUCCUACAGCAGAGCCACCUCAGAGCCUCCAUUUGCAGUGAGCAGAACCAGCGGAGUAGGCAAGCAUGUACGUUACUGCAGCAUUCGAGCGCUUUGUAUUUAUUCUCAUAGCACCCCUUUAAGCAAGAGCAGCACUGCUUCCUCUUUGGCAGCAGGGGAAAACCACAAGAAGGGAGGCUGAAGGACUCCAAAGCACCAGCCUACAGCAGAGCUAGGAACUGAGCCUUGACCUCAAUGAGUGCUAGGCUCAGUAUCUUAACCCUCUCUUCCUUCCAGAACUGAAGUCCUGCACUGGAAACAUCUUUGGCUUGGGAACUGUUUUGCUGACAAAAGACUGGGCACUUCUAGUCGCAGCUGUGCAACAGAUGUUUUAAGAUGUUUUCUUUCUGUAGGACAACGCAUUAGCUGCACACCCUUGUCGAGUGUACCCCAGAAAUUCCAGAACCUGUUCCUUUCUUAGCUCUUCUCAGCAAAUCCACCGAUCCUGAGAGGCGGACACUGCAGAGACAGCUGCUCACGAGGAGUGCACGUUGCAGAGCCUAAUGGGAGCAGCUUGUCUAUAUUGCCCUGGCACCCUGUGGUAUCCUGGCUGCCAGGCUGCAAAAGGGCUCCUGACAUCCCCACACAAAGCAUCAAAAUCAGAGACGAGCCAGCAGCAAGCAAUACUCCCCAGUGAGUAUGGCUCAGAGCAUCGACAUGUCUCUCUCCCUUUGGAAGUGAAGCAUCUGUGCGGUUCAAGCACUGAUGUUCACUUGCAUCUGGCUUCUGCCAGAGAACAGCGGCAGGCAGAGCUACCCCGUGGGACCGAUUCUGGUGCUCUCCCAUAAAAGCCAAAAGUGCAGCAGCAGAUGCCAGCGAUGUCCAAGCCCCCUUGCUCUUACCUUCAGUAGCAGCACGCUUCUGAGACUGCAGUCCAUAUCAUUUACUUUACCUCGCAAGAAGGGCCACACCUCCAUCAGGAGGGUGAAAGCAGCUCUGACUCUCCAUUACACAGAAUUGGAUACAGGUAGUUCUCCAGCUCCAGACAAGCUGCCCACACAGAGGGAAAGCAUCUUGUGGUGUCUUAAGGAGAGCUGCCUUGAGCACAGGAAGGAAAGGAGCCAUGCCAGGCUCAGCUGCAACUGGGUUCAAGGCUGGAGAGCAAGUCCUGCAGGAGUUCUUUCCCGGAUAGAUAUAACCCCUGUGAGACCAUUUUGCACAUUAACUCUUCUCAGAUGUAAAUAAAUGUUUAUUUUUCAGCAA